GCAGUCCACCAUCUGCCGCAAGUUUAAUGCGGGCAACUGCUCCUUUAAUCAAUGCCGCUUUAAGCACUGCUGCUCCUUCUGCUCGGGCACCCACCCGGCCAAGGAAUGCCCAGCCCGCAAGUAGCUCCAUGAGUACUCCUUCCUCCUAUCUUCCUUUAUCUGCACAUAAACCCCACACGCCCAUCAUUAUUAGCGCACUUAAAAUAGAAUUAGAAUCACACCCCGAUGACCAGUUGGUCGCUUCCUUAUUGCAUGAUCUUGAAUUUGGUUUUCGCAUUGGUUUUGGCAACUGUCUGUCUGAGUCUUUUUUUGUCACGUAAUUUGUCCUCCGCUGCUGACAAUGUAGAAGUAGUCGAUGACUAUCUCCACCAGGAAUGUGAGCGCGGGCAUACGGCUGGCCCGUUUGAGGAGCCUCCUGUUCUCCCCAUUCACACCUCUGGCAUUGGAGUUGUACCUAAGAAGUCGGGUGGCGUCCGCCUAAUCAUGCACCUCUCCGCUCCUGCUGGCAGGAGCAUAAAUGAUGGCAUCAAGAACUCAGACUUCUCCUUCCAAAUGAUCUCGGUGGAUACGGUGGCCGAUCAUGUCAUGCGCACUGGGAAGGGGGCAUUGCUAUGCAAAGUGGACAUCAAGCAUGCAUUCCGGCUCUGUCCCGUUCAUCCCAACGACUGGCCUCUACUCGGAAUAUGUUGGCGGGGGAAGUUUUAUGUCGACAAAGUGCUGCCUUUCGGCCUGCGCUCCGCACCAGCUUUAUUCAACCGCCUAGCCGAAGCACUGGCCUGGCUACUUCGCCACAACUACGGUUUGAAGUGUCUGGAACACUACCUUGACGAUUUCAUCAACGUCUCACCACCAGCGCCGGUGGUCGCCACAUCAACAGCAGCGGUGCACAUGGCCACCAUCCUGGAGGUUUUCGCCAACCUCGGGGUUCCCAUCGCGGAAGGAGCAGACAAGCUUCUCGAGAUCAAAGCGCGGCUCAACGAGUGGGCGGUCAGCCCAUCGUGCACGAAACGUCAACUGUUGUCACUAAUUGGCCUCCUCUCAUUUGCGUCCAAAGUGGUUGCGGCCGGCCGCACCUUCACCCGUCGUCUCAUCCAUACCAGCACCACCGUGACAGGCUUGGAUGAAGAAGUGCACCUGGACGCCGAUGCUCAAGCAGACAUCCGUUGGUGGAAGGAGUUCCUCCCACACUGGAACGGCCGAGCGCUUCUGCGUGACCCAGUAUGGUCGAAGCCCCCAGACUUUGAGCUCUAUACCGAUGCUUCCGGCCUGGGAUUUGGAGGUUUCUUUCAGAGUGCCUGGUUUUGCCAAGAAUGGGGCCCGGAGCACCAGCACGGCCCUUUCUCCUCUAUCAUGUGGCGAGAGAUGUAUCCCAUUGCUGUGGCCGCGCAAUUGUGGGGCCCGCAGUGGCAGACGAAGAAGAUCCUCCUCCAUUGCGACAAUCAAGCUGUCGCCACAGCAUGGGAAUCCGGCUCAUGCCGGAAUCUGGAGGUCAUGAACCUCAUACGGACCACCCUGCGUAUUGCGGCACGCUACAACUUCAUCCUGUUGAUCCGUCACAUCUCAGGUAUCGACAACAGUAUUGCGGACGCCCUCUCCCGUCUACAGCUCAGUCGCUUCCGCUCGCCAGCUCCGUCUGCCAAUCUGGACCCAGUUCCACUGCCAACUCAGAUCGUCUAAUGAUGUCUCACAAUAUAUUCACAGCCCCUUGGGGUGUCCGUUUUGCUGUGUCUGGCCUUCGCCGUCACUACACUGACUUAUUGUUAUUUUUUUCUGCCAUACCAACUACACCGAAACCAAUUUCUCAGUUCAAUCUCUCCCUUACUAUUCGCCCACCCUUUAGCACGGGCGGCUCUCCUCC